AUGAGAAGAGAUAAAUAUCCUCAGGACAACGACGACGACGACGACGACGACAACAGAGGCAGCAGUGGCAGCAGUAGCAACAACGAUGGAAAGCACAAAUGCCUUAGAGUAGCCUUCCUUCACCCAGAUCUGGGUAUUGGUGGUGCAGAGAGACUGGUCGUUGAUGCUGCUUUGGCACUCAAGGCCAAGGGCCACGACGUGACCAUGUACACAUCACGACACGAUCCACGACGUUCAUUUAAAGAGACUCACAACGGCGAACUCAAAGUGCAAGUGGCAGGCUCUUUCUUUCCCCGUUCUAUAUUUAAUAGGUUGAUGGUUGUCUGUGCCAUCAUACGUAAUCUUCUCUGUGCCAUGUCCAUCGUCUUUGCCAGAGGAUCGUAUGAUGUCAUCGUAGUCGACCAGAUUUCAGCUUCAAUCCCAUUGCUGCGUCUAUUGACUCGCUCCAAGAUUCUGUUCUAUUGCCACUUCCCUGACAAGCUACUCACCACCAGAGAGUCUAUUGUCAAGCGUCUGUACAGAGUGCCAGUGGAUUGGUUGGAAGAGUACACAACGUCAUGGGCACACCGCACCGUUGUCAACUCAAACUUCACAGCAUCAAUCUUCCGUGAUUCAUUCCCAUCGAUAAAGGUACCUCCCUCUGUUCUCUACCCCUGUUUGAACCUUCAGCAGUAUGACAACACCAAGCCCUCCCGUGAUGGACUUGAUCUGCCCCGAGGUGAGAACCACACCAUCAUCCUAUCGAUCAAUCGCUAUGAGCGAAAGAAGAACCUUGGUUUGGCACUCGAGGCGUUCAGCCUGACUUUGAAGAAGCUUGGAGCAGAUUCAACUACAGCGUCAGCAGCAGAGGACCUUCAUCUGGUGUUUGCUGGUGGAUACGAUCCGGGUCUGCGAGAGAAUGUUGAACAUCUUCAGGAGCUCAAAUCACGAGCCCAAACACUCGGACUGUUGAAUCGUGUCAGCUUUGUCUGUUCAUUCAAUGAGGAGCAGCGAUCAUGGCUACUUAGAAACUCUGUUUGUCUGGCCUAUACACCGUCCAACGAGCAUUUUGGAAUCACUCCCCUAGAGGGAAUGUAUAUGCGUAUGCCUGUGGUCGCCGUCAAUAGUGGAGGUCCAUUGGAGACAGUCAAACACGAGCAGACUGGAUUCCUCUGUCAGCCAAACGCCAAGCAAUUCAGUGAAGCAUUUAACAAGAUCAUCACUAAUUCUAAAAACUCAAAGGCAAUGGGCGAUGCAGGAAGGAAGUGGGUAGAGAGUCAGUUCUCAUUCACACAUUUCUCUAACCAAUUGGAUCAUAUUGUGCAGACAAUUGUGUUGUCAUAUUAG